AUUACACGAGUUUGAUUGUUUUGGAAGGAACAACAGUGCUGCGAAGUUCUAUUCUUAAAAGUCAAAUGCCUUCCAAGGACAACAACAAAUGCCUUUUAAGUCACCAUUUGUCAUCGUCAGCAUCGUCAAUGCUAAUGAUGAUUCUCCGGCGCUGCUGACGAUGACUCUAUGGCACGGCAACGAUGUCUCUACGGCACCACCGCGAAUGACUUCUCUAACUCUUGUUGCCGACAUCCCUCG